AUGGCUGAAGAUGACAAAGGGUAUGGACCUUGGAGCAGGGUUCCUGGAUGGGACGGAUCCCCAUUGAGCUGGCUGCGAUUCAAGCGGGAUGUCACAUGGUGGUUGAGCAGUUUGGAUCUUUCGAAGACAACUGGCUACAACCUUGCCGCUCAUUUUCUCCUUAGACAAGAAGGUGUGGCACGACAGCGCGGCGAAGAAUUUAGUCCGGAUGAGCUGGCAUUUGUUCCUCCCCCGAAGAUAGUCGACCCCUUGACUGGUGAGCAAUUGGAUGAUCCCGAUGCCGUGCCCGACUAUUUGGUUGGAGUGAACAAAUUGUUGAAAGCUUGGGAAGAAAUGACUGGCCGCACUGCCUUGGAUAAACGAGGUGAACUUCGUCAGGCCUUCUACAUGGACCUUAGCAGAAAAGCUGGCGAGCGAGUGAGUGAGUUUGGCACUCGCUAUCGCUCAUUGGUGGCUGAUCUCAAAGGAGAAGGAGUCAUUGUGGGCGAUGCCGAGCUCGGUGGGUGGCUCAGACAGAAGAUCGGCUUGGAUCCUUUGCGAAAACAGCUGCUGGAAACUGCCUUGCAAGGCAGUGAGGACUACUCGGUAAUUGAGGCCGAGAUUUUGCGCCUUUUCAGAGAUCUGCAUGACAAUGAUCCAUUGUAUCGGCGACCUGAGAAUCGACCGCCUUUGACGAUUCGCAGGAUGUUUGGUGGCAGAUCUGCAUCAGCUACAUCGUCGGCUCCAUCGACGCUUUCAAGAAUGACUUCAGCGUCCUCUUGGCAGAGACCUUCUUCGAUGAAAUCUGGCACUUCAACGCGUCAGGUCAACAUCACUGAGAAUCCUGACGAAGAAGCAGCCGUGGAGGAGGAGUUGCAUGAUGAAGCUGAGGGGCAAGAUGGUCCUUCCUCUUCACUGGAGGAAAUCCUGCAGACUGAGGCCGAGGUGCUUGCGGCUGAAUUGCAUGAAGCUGAACUAGAAGGUGUCGAUCCCUCAGUGCUUGAUUCCUUGGAGAGCGGCAUCGAGCAAGCUGCUGAGACCCUGGUGACAAUGAGGGAGGCUCGACAUCAGCUGCAGUCGGUUCGCAAGGACCGUGGAUAUGGCAAGUCUGAUGGAUCGACUUUCAAGCAUAGCGGCAGCUCUCAAGUGGCCAAUCGAAAAGCUUCUGGAAAAUUCCCCUGCUAUGACUGUGGCGAGAACGGCCACUGGGCCGGUGAUGCUGCUUGUAAGAAACCUGGUCAAGGACUUGGAAAGAAGAAGAAUGAUGGUCGCAGGCCUUUGCGACAGGUUCGAGUUGCAGAACAUGAAAGCUGUGCGUCUUCUCAUGCCUCGCCUGGAGGCCAUGCAGCUGAUGUGGUGGAGCAUGCGCUGCCAUCGCAUGACGUUUUGGUUGCAGAGGUGCUGCUGAGUGGAAAAUUUGCGAUGUCCGAGCCGGUUUGUGGUUCAGAAGCUCUUAACUUAGAGCAAGCCUUGACCCAGUCAAUUUCACAGGGUCACUUCAGACUGGAGCUGCUGCCGAAGCUGCCCGAGCAAUGGGAUGUUUGGAUUUUGCCGAAGGAAGCCAAUCAUGGACCAAUACAGAUGGACAACGGGGAUGUCGUCGAUCAAGCAGCUCGACAGAUGGGCAUCACCAGAAACCAAGCCAUCGAGCUGAAUGCGAUCCGCCUGCGAGACCUGGCAGAAG